AUGUCUGCUGUAACGUCUGCAUCUCUCUGCCUGACUUUACUGUCUGUCUGCCUCUUGUUUGUCUCUGCAGACCAGAAAAUCAUCAUAGCUGUGCCGGGACAGACGGUCACUCUGCCAUGUCGAGCUCCAAACAGCGGCAACCCCAUCAUAGCUGCAGAGUGGAGCAGAGCUGACCUGGAGCAAGAAUAUGUCCUUUUUUACCGGGACGAUAAGCUUGAUACAGAAGAGCAGCAUCCGUCUUUUAAGAACCGGGUGGAUCUGCAGGACAGACAGAUGAAGGAUGGAGACGUGUCUCUGAUUCUGAAGGAUGUGACGACUGAUGACUCGGGAGCAUACGAGUGUUACGUGGUCCAGAGAGGAGCGAACCGCAGGAAGAGAGCCAGUCUGGAUAGUGACCCCAUCAGCACCACCUACCUGACUGUUGUUCCUCCAAGCCAGAAAAACAUCACAGCUGAGUCUGGACAGAACGUCACUCUGACAUGUCGAGCGCCAAACACUGUCCUCAUACCAGGUGUAGAGUGGAGCAGACGUGACUUGAAGGCACAAUAUGUGCUUUGGUACUGGGAAAAACAAUUUGUUCCAUAUUACCAGCAUCCAUCUUUUAAGAACCGGGUGGAUCUGCAGGACAGACAGAUGAAGGAUGGAGACGUGUCUUUGAUUCUGAAGGAUGUUACGACUGCUGAUAGGGGAACAUAUAAGUGUUGUGUCGUCCAUGAAGUAAGAGAAGGUAGAAAGUUGGCCAUUUUAAAGACUGAGCCCAUCAGCGUCAUCCACCUAAAGGUUAUUUCACCAGGUCAGCCAGGAGGACACGGAGAGGAUGGGGCUGUUGGACUAACAGUUGUUAUUGUGCUUUCUAUUGCUCUUUUUGCAACUAUAAUAUACUACAUAAAAAUGAUAGAAAAUACAGAAGGAGAAAAAACAGCACUUCCCAGACGAGCAGCAAGCUGA